UUAUUUUUAUUUCGCGUCCAACUGAUUUGGUUCUCUUGACCCGCGGUCAUUAUAAUCGUGUUUUUUCACAAGCGAGUAGGUAAACACAACAUAAGAUAAAACAAGUUAUGUCGCCGUCAUUAAAACGAGUCAGCAACCAAACAGGUUACGUUUUCCUUGUCUAGCGGACGGAGCCGAGUCGACAAUGAUCGCACAACUGGCGCGCUUGUUUGCAAAACAGUUUUAAAUUAAAAUAUCCUCCAUGCUGAAGAAAAAUAUCUAAAAGUUUAAUAAUUAGUGCAGUGCCGUGAAGUGAAAAGUAACAAAAUGUGGCGGUUAAUAAGCCUAGUGACCUUAUUAUGUGUGUGCUCAAGCUUUGGACAACAACCAGUGGAGACUACUACUCCACCUUAUUCGCUGGAGCUUCAUGAAGGCCUAUCACAGAGCAUAGGGAAUUUCUCCGUGGAGAUUCUGUAUCAUACAGCGGUCUCCAGUCUAAUGGCCAACAAAAACCUUGUGAUAUCCCCACUAACCAUGUGGAUUGCUUUAGCCGUGACAAACGAGGGGGCGGAUGGAAGAACGUCUAAGCAAAUCAAAGAUGCAAUCAGGAGCCCGAUCAAAAAGGACGAGUUUGGCAAGAUCGCACGCUGGCUGAAAGUCAACGGCUCUACUGUAGAACUACAAAAUAUAAAUACAAUAUUCGUAGACGUGAAAAAUCUGAUGGAAAGAGACUUCAGAGAUGUGGCUCUUCGUUACUACGAGACCCAAGUGAAUGCAUUGGACUUCCAAGACAAAGUGGGAACAGCGAAUACGAUUAACAAACGUGUAUCAGACAUAACUCGCGGCAGAAUACCUAAACUUGUUGAUAGCGCUGACUUUGAACAAGCCCAAAUGUUGUUGAUCAGUGCGUUAUACUUCAAAGGGCAGUGGACCUCACCUUUCAAUGCAACUCAGACGGCCCCAAGACCUUUCUUUGACAGCAACGGCAAAACAAUCGGUACCGUUAACAUGAUGUACAAUAGAUACACUUACCCGUUCGCUAAUAUCAGAGAGCUAGAAGCCAGAGUCAUCGAAUUGCCGUACGGGAAAGAAAACCGACUGUCUAUGUUGAUAAUGCUGCCAAAUCCGAAUGUCUCUCUAGAAAAUAUGUUCCUAAAGUUCGCCACAGUACCUCUGGAUAAAGUUUUCCAAGAACUGAGAAUAUCGCAGUCAGAAUACAGUGAUGAUGAAGUGGACUGUUUCAUUCCUCGCUUCAAGAUUGAGUCUGAUUUGGUGUUGAAUUCGGCGCUGAAUCACAUGGGUAUCUAUGACAUGUUUAACCCUGCUAAAGCCCGUUUGCCGAAAGUUUCUCGAGUGCCAGUUUAUGUAUCAAAAGUGAUACAUAAAGCUGAAAUUGAAGUGAAUGAAGAAGGAACCACUGCCUCGGCAGUCACUGCCAUAGAAUUCGCGAACAGAAUCGGUAUAAUAAGAUUUGAAGCUAACCGUCCAUUUUUGUAUAUGAUUAUCGAAAAAGUCACGAACUCAAUUGUUUUUGGAGGAGUAUACAGACAACCAUCUCUUUAUUAAUCCGCGUGAUAUCUAUGUGACAAGGUCGAUAAAGCAAUGUAAACAUAACGUAAUCAGUGCCAUUACUACAGUCGCAGUCUUAUUGAUGCUUAUAUCUAUCUAUAGAUGGUACGUUUAUACAUUUAAAUAUAAAUGAGUUACUAAGUAGAAAUGUUACUAUGUCACCUCACUACAUAUAAAUAAAGCAUCACUUGACUAUGUUGCAAAUUUUGAAAAUAUUUUUUCUAGUAUUUUUUUAGUCUGAGACUGAGUGUUGACUGUAGUUAUACUCAAACGGUUACCUAUUUUGUGAUCUUAUGAAUUCCGUAUUAAAUAAUUAUCUACGUAUACUAUUACUUUAUUCCGUUCCUAUGGACAUACUUACUCAAAUUACA